AUUAUUACUAUUCAUACACAGCACUUGAGAGUUUGUUUCUGCUGCUUCCCCCUCUCACUUCCAAUUCCGUUUCCCCAUUUCAAACACACAAUAUUUUGCCUCUUAUGAAAAAAACAUGAUUACCCUAAAAACAAUUCAUCUAUGCUUCACUCCAACGAAUUCAAACCACACAAGAUUCCACAACAACACAAGAACUUCUUCUGUUCUAUGCCUUUGCACCAAAUCCAAUAAUGAUGAAUCUGAUUCUUCUCAGCCUCCACAACAACCUGAAGGAAAUGCUCAGAGCCAAGAGCUUCUAGCACAAAUAGCCAUGCUUCAAGCUCAGAAGGUUCGUCUAACGGGUUAUCUUGAUGAGAAGUCAGAAUAUUUGACCCAAUUCGGUGAAGAAGCCAAAGCUGAGUUUGACAAGAUUGGUGCUGAUGCUCUCAAAGGAUUAGAUGAAGCUAGUGACAGAAUAACAGCAAGCAUAGAGAGCCAGAUGCUAGAAUUUGAGGAACUCAAUGAACUUAACAGGCUAGAGAUUGAGGAGAAUGAGAACAAGCUAGUUGAGUUUGAAGAUCAAAUGGAGAGGGACCAAAAUGAAGGACUAUUCUUCAAAAGCCUUGGAGGGAAAAAGGAACCUGUUGCUGAUAAAGCAAAAGUCAAAGAUGACGAGGUCAAAAGGAUAGAAUUGCAAGACUUAUCAAGAGAAAAAGAUGGUGGUAGCAACAAAACAUUGAAAAAUGUUUACCUCUUCUUCAUUGGCUUGCUCACAUUUGGAAUAGUUAAUUCAAUUGGUACUGAUUGGAGAAAAGUUGCAGUUCUUGGAGCUAUUCUUGUGGUUUUGUUUUCUCUGUUCAUCAAUGAACAAAACAAGGACAACAACAAAGACUAAUAAAUCAAUAAAUGAAGUAGUUCAUUUAUUAUCA